AUGGGUACAACUAAACCUCGCCCUUCCGCGCGAGAAUCUGCCCCAAAAGUCCAAUCGUUACCAGAGAAGACCUUCAUCAUCGACAAUGGUGCAUAUACCCUGAAAGCUGGCUACGCAUCUGAAUCCCCUCCUACGAACGAUAUAGACCAAGCUCUUUCUGCCUGUAGCAUCAUUCCGAACGCGAUCGCCAAAACCCGUGGAAACCGCAUCUAUAUUGGUGCACAGCUGAGCACUCAAGUUACAGAUUGGAACGAGAUGGCCUUUCGACGUCCAGUGGAGAAAGGGUACAUUGUGAACUGGGAAGCGCAGAAGGAGAUUUGGGAAACUUCGUUCUUUGAUGAGAAAACCGUACGCUCAAAAGAUCUUCGAAUCGAGAACCCAGAAGAUACGACCCUUGUGCUCACCGAGGCGCCGAACGCUCUACCAACGCUUCAAAGAAAUGCUGAUGAGAUUGUCAUGGAAGAGUGGGGAUUCGGGGGAUAUCUGAGAUGUGUAGGGUCAUCAUUGAAUGCUUGGAAUGAUCUACAAUCUCUGUUCGGCGAUCCUGUUGGGCAAGAGCCUGGCCCUCUGGUUUCGCCAAAAGAAUGCUUACUUGUUGUCGAUUCUGGCUACUCUCAUACCACAGUGACCCCUCUAUACAGAGGCCAACCUCUUCAGCGCGCCAUCCGCAGACUCGACAUCGGUGGGAAGCAUCUGACGAACUAUUUGAAAGAAAUGGUAUCGAUGAGGCAAUAUAACAUGGUCGACGAAACCUAUAUCAUGAACGAGGUCAAGGAGGCUGUCUGUUUCGUUAGCAACAAUUUCGCAAAUGACCUGGAGCAGACAUGGCAGGGCAAUAGAAGACGCGGCCAGCCGGAUUCAAAUGAAGCGAUUACUGUGGACUAUGUGCUCCCCAAUCCAAAUGCAGGCAAGAAGGGCUUUAUGCGACCACAUGAGCCUCUUUCGGAUGCUAAGAAGCGGAAGAGUAUUCUGUCUGGUGCCGGUGCCGAGGCUCUCUCUGAAGAUGUCCUAUUACUGGGUAACGAACGCUUUACUGUGCCAGAAAUACUAUUUACCCCAGGAGAUAUUGGAAUGAAGCAGGCGGGUAUCCCGGAUAUUAUUCUCCAGAGUCUCUCUGUUCUACCCACGGGAUUGCACCCAUCGUUCCUCGCAAAUGUUCUGGUCGUUGGCGGGAAUUCCCUGAUCCCGGGCUUCCUGGAAAGACUAAAGCGAGCUGCGGCAGAUAGCGUCUGUAGAAUGCCCCGUAAGGGUUCGGCGCCCUCAAGACCCCAUACGUUCCACGUGGCUUGGGGCGUCCCGAAUGGCAACUAA